CCAUCCUCUUCUGAAAGUCAGACCAUUUAAUGCUUUACUUCCGGCUUGCGACGCAAGUGAGUAAUCCGCAUCUCCACAUUUAAUGCAAAGCUUAGGAAGCUAGAUCCGUUAUUUAUUAACGAAGCAUACAGACACGGUACGCAAAAUGGAGAGCGUUGUUCAAGAGGCCGCCAGCACAAGUUAUCCCAGUUUCGAUACCGUCGGUGCGACGGACAGGUUGCUGCGUAAAGCAGAAGCAGUACUGUGCAGGAGAACAGAUAGAAUCCUUCUUGUGCUGGAGCGCUGCACAGACAACCAAAACUACCUGGCAUGCCUGCGGACGGCGGAAAUCCUCGGCGUCCAGAACGUCUGGAUCGUCCUAUCUCCACGCGGCAUGAAGAACGAGGCCCUAGCAGCGGGUGAAGACGCCGCAGGUGGUGGUGACGGCAGCGCAGCGGGUUACGUGGACAAGGGCGAACUCAGUAAGAAGCGCGGCCGCAUCGCUCGCUGCUCCUCCCAAUGGCUGGACAUCCGCACCUUCGGCACCACUGCGGAGUGCAUUGAGGCGCUGCGGCGCGAUGAGCGGGAGAUCUGGGCGACCGACCUGGCGCAGUCGGCCAUAUUGCUUGACGGCACCAGCAUAGCACUUCCGCAGCGGUUGGCGGUGGUGAUGGGCCGCGAGGCGGACGGAGUGAGUCAGGAGAUGCUGGCAGCGGCUCACAGGCGGGUGUGUUUGCCCAUGUACGGCUUCAACGACUCGUUCAACUUGUCGGUUGCAACUGCCAUGGUGCUGCACCACCUCUUCCUCUGCUGCCCCGAGGCACGCGGGGACCUGUCGCCGGAACGCAAGCGCGCGCUGCGGGUGGAAUGGUACGGCCGACUUGCACGCAACGACGCUCAACGCGCUGAGUUCAUGGCUCGAGUUGACGACCCGCCGGCGCCCUUUACGGAUGUACGGCGGCCGGAUGAGCACCGUACGGCCUGGGUGCCGCCCAAGAUAGCCCGCAAGGAGCAGGAGCAGGCGGUCAGCCUUCAAGAGCAGCGGAAAGCUCUGCGGGAAGAAGAAGCGGAGGAUCAGGAGUGAGGCACCUGGCACACCAGAGCUCCGGCCAGCAACAUGGUCGCUGUCAGGCGCGCAUCCCGGCUGCUUCUGCGCAGCAAGCGUAACCCGGACUCUCUAGGAAGCAGGUGGUGGCAGAUUCUGUUGGGUAGCCGCACUAGCUAAGAUUUGAGGCAUAUGUCGUACGGAAGCCUCGACUGACAGUUCCUGCACAGACGCCUAUGCCGUGGCAGUGUAACCGGCCCAGGUGAUGACGUUAUGAUGGGUAAGGGUGUAGUGAAGAGAUGCGCCUCGCGG